CAUAGUUGUCUCGCGUAAGUAGGGCUUCGGUCAGAUAUCACGUCUAGUUGGCUCUGUCCCGUGCGUUACUUCAGUGGUGUUUUUUCAGUGAUUCAUUUUUCAGGCAGAAAAUUGAUUAACAGAAAUCAAGUAGCUUUCUUGGGUCCAGUUCAGAACAUGGGCUACUGCAGCUAAAAUGGACAGUGUUGAUGCACCAUUUAAAUAUCUGGUGAAAAUGUUUGAAACUGGUGACGUAGGAGAAGCUGUCAGUAGCAACCAAACCAUAGAUAUUUCAUUACAUGAGCGCCUCUUCCGGCAACUCAGUGAACUCUAUAAUCACCCCAAAAAUGGUUUGAUAACAAUAGGACAAAAGAUCAAUCUUGAUAUUUUGCCUCCCAAGAAAAAAGUUACAAUUUUACUAGUUGGCAACCAUUCUGCUGGCAAGUCGAGCUUCAUUAACUGGUACAUAGAGGAAAACGUACAGAGAACUGGAAUGGCCAUAGAGACGCAAUCAUUCACUGUAGUGGCCAGCGGAAAGAAGAGAGAAACCCUCAUGGGACCAGCAACCGUAUUUCUCUUUCCCCAUCUGAAACCAUUGGAGAAAAUUCAAGGUAUUAUGGAUAACUUGAACGCAGAGAUCUCUACAUCAAAGAAACGACAAUUUUCCAUGCUCACGUUCAUCGACACUCCAGGACUUGUUGACGGCAGUAUGGAGUAUCCGUACAAUGUCAAUGACGCCAUUUUGUUUCUUGGUGGUGUUUCUGAUCUAAUAUUUGUAUUUUUUGACCCAAUUGGGUUGGCACUAUGUAAGAGAACGAUGCUGGUGGUAGAGAAGAUUAACUCUUUAUAUCCCGAGAAACUUCGCUUCUACCUCUCCAAGUCAGAUGAAAUUAGGAGGCAAACUGAUAAGCAAAAAGUGAUGAUGCAGAUAACCCAGGAAGUAUGCAGACACUCCGGGCUGAAUCGUUCAGGCUUUACGAUGCCUGGCAUAUAUAUUCCAACACUCGCACGCACCCCACUCAUGCAGAAACAGCCAUCCAGUACUUCAGGAAAUUUGGAAAAAAACUGGAAACUGCCAAAUUGGAGAAUCCCACAACGAGAUAGAGGAAGUCUGCAAGCAGAUUGACCAAUCCAUAAGCCGAGCUUUACAGAUAGCUCUAAACAACUUCGACAAAGACAUCAGCACUGUGCUCCAUUCCAUCUCUCAACGCUUGAUAACCAACAAGGAGUUGUCUGAACGCAACUGGACCUGUGUUA